CAAUAGCGCGGGGCCAUGGCGUCGGCGGGCGGCCGCCAGCACAGCCAGAGCCGUGCCAUCCCCGCCCGCCCCGCGCCGCACGGAGACGCCGCUUCGCUGCCGCCCGGCUGCUGCACCACGCCCGGCGGCACGCUCUUCUCCACCACGCCGGGAGGCACCCGCAUCAUCUACGACCGUAAGUUCCUGCUGGAGCGCCGCAACUCGCCCAUGGCGCAGACCCCGCCGUGCCAGCUGCCCGACAUCCCCGGCGUCACCAGCCCCGGGGCCGGCGACGAGCCCAAGGCCGAGCCCACCAGCCCCAGCAAUCAGGACGGCAAGCCAGCGGCCGGUAAGCGGGCGGCCCCUCCCGGGCGUCCCCGAGCCGUGGGAUGCCCACGUGCCUCUCUUGGUGUCUCUUGCAGGGGACGACGCGCAGUUCGAGAUGGACAUCUGACCCGGCGCCCGCCGCUCUCCUUCGCCAUUGCCCCGUUUAUUGGUCCGUUGUUUUGUUUUGUUUUUUUCCCCUCCCGUUUCGUUUGGGUCUUUCGCCGCAUCGCCCCGCUCCAUCCCCUGCCCUUAACUGGUCUUAAGGAACAGUGCCUGGAAAUAGAGGUGCUGCCCGCUGGGCUCCUAUCCUGGGCCUUCCCUGGGAAGUUUCAGCAGCCACGGCACGGGGAAGGCACUGGCACCUCCGUGCAGUGCAAACUCUUGGGUCCAGAUUAGACCCCUCCAGCACCUGGGCUCCCAAUUUCUAUGGGGCCGCACGUGGCACGGAGCCCUCAGUUUUCCACUUUUUGGUACUAAAAAGAGGGACAACCACGAUACGGGGAGAAGGGAGGGCCGAGCGGCAGCGUCUCUUCCCUCAAACCCCAACCUGUGCCAUGGGGUUUGGGGUGGGCUUCAUCGCCGGGUGCUUUUUGGGACGCUGUGAGCAAGCGAGUGCGAGUGGAAGUACGAUGUGCGAGCGGCUGAGUGCUUGUGACACACACACAGAUAUAUAUGUUAUAUAGAGAGAAAUAUAUUUUUCCUUAAAACGUUGGCCCUCGGGGGUCAGGCACGGCCCCGGAGCAGCCGGGGGACGCAGUGUGGCAUGGGGAAGAUGAUGGCCAUCAGCCACGCGGUGCCUUGCGGGACAGCUGCUCUGCGAGCCAAGAAAAAAAAACAAUCAAGGACAAAGCAGACUUUCUACAGCUUUCUACGACGUUUCUACGACUUUCUACUGAUCAUUUUUCUCUUUUUGUUUUGUUUUAAACGGGAUUCUGGCUGAAAAGCAAGGAGUGCCCGGCGUCUCGGGGCGGCUUCUCUGCUGUUCAGGGUUGUCGGUGGGUUUUUUGGUUUUCCUGUCUCCUGCACGGGAGGAGGAAAGCUCCCACCGGUGGUUGCUGUUACAGUGAGGUCAAUAAAGAUCUUGGUUCUACGACAGCGACACGCGUGGGGUUUCUUUGGCCUUAGCCC